GUUUCUCUCUCUCUCUCUGGAAAAAGAAGAAGAAGAAAACUAAGAUUUGUUGUGUUGGCGAAGCCACAGAGAGUAAUGAUCGAUUUUGUUAGCUAAUGAGUAAUGAUGAUGACGAUACCAUCACCAUCGUGCUCCCCUUAGCUUCUUCUUCUUCUUCUUCUGGGUUUAUUUGUGCUUAUUCUACAAGGUAAACCAUAAACCCCCCCCCCCCCAAAGGAAAAAAAAAUCCUUUUUUUAUCUUUCCUCCGUGUGUCCUUAUCUACAAAGGCUUAAUCCGAUUGAGUAUCUUCUCCAAGUUUCGAUUUUUGUGGGUUAUUUUAAGGAUCUAGAAGAAAAAAUUGGGGAAUUUAUGUGGCGAUUCGUGAGUAUCUAGGAAGGGUAGAUAAAGUUCUUGUUAUUACAAACUCACGAUUAGGGUUUCUUCAUUGCGGAGGAUUACAGGAUUGGAUUUUGAAAUUGGGAAUUCAAGGGGUUUAAAGUCGGGUCCUUUUUCAGGAGUUUGAGGAAGAUGAGAAUUGCAAGUGUUAUUAUGGUUAUUGGAGAUGAAAUUUGUCUCUGGUGUGAGCUGAAAUGGUAGAUACUUGGUUUAACGUCUUGACGAUGGAGAAUCAUCAUCCUUCAACUCUCUUGUCAAUGGAUUCAAGUGCUUCUUCUCAUGAGGAGCUUGAUUUGGAGAUGAAUAACAGGCAAUCUCUUCUCUCUGGCCCUCCUGACAUCAAUCUACCUCUCUCUGCUGAGAGAAGUCCUCCUCCGCAGCCAUGGAACCUGGAUUCUUGCGACAUUUUGGAUGUUGGGUUAGGUUCACAAGCAUACGAGACUGAGAAUUACAUGAGUGUUGUCCCCAAGGUUGGACGUAAAUGCGCAAAACGUGUUGAUAGUAUCUGGGGUGCUUGGUUUUUCUUCAGCUUCUACUUCAAGCCUGCUUUGAACGAUAAAUCAAAGGCGAAAAUAGUCCGGGACAGCAACGGGAUUUCUGGUUUCGACAAGUCAGAUUUGAAGCUCGACGUGUUUCUAGUUCAGCACGAUAUGGAGAACAUGUACAUGUGGGUGUUUAAAGAAAGACCUGAGAACGCUCUCGGGAAGAUGCAGCUGAGGAGUUACAUGAACGGACAUUCUAGGCAAGGAGAUCGUUUGUUUCCGUUUAGUGUUGAAAAAGGAUUUGUAAGGUCUCACAGGAUGCAGAGGAAGCAUUACAGAGGUUUGUCGAAUCCGCAGUGUGUUCACGGGAUUGAGCUUGUUCCUUUGCCGAACCUGACCUGUCUUGACGAGGAAGAGAGGAAAAGAUGGAUGGAUCUCACGGGUCGGGAUUUGAACUUCACGAUUCCACCUGAAGCUAGUGACUUUGGUUCUUGGAGAAACCUUCCCAAUACUGACUUUGAGCUCGAGAGGCAUCCACCUCCGUUGAAGAAUAAUAACUCUGCAAGCCACUCUAAGAAACUACUCAAUGGAUCGGGGCUCAAUCUCUCGACUCAACCAUUAAACCAUUCAAAUGGUGAAGCCACCGAUCUAUCUCCCUCGAGCCACAAGAGGAGGAAAGACUUGUUCUCAAAUGGGAUCCAUGAGGAGCAAUGUAGCUUAACCGUGAACCCUCCACCUCCUGCUAUCGAAGUUCAUCAGAACGAGCUACAAAACUGGUCAAAUGAGUUUAGCGGGGCCAUGAAAAACGUGUAUGGACCAGUUACUGCUGCGAAAACGAUCUAUGAGGACGAAGAAGGCUACUUGAUCAUAAUCAGCCUUCCUUUUGUGGAUUUGAACAGCGUUAAAGUCUCGUGGAGGAACACUCUCACACACGGGAUCAUUAAAGUUUCUUGCGUUAGCACAUCGCGGAUACCUUUCAUGAAGAGACAUGACAGAACAUUCAAGCUAACUGAUCCAGCCUCUGAGCAUUGUCCACCAGGAGAAUUUGUCAGAGAAAUCCCUUUAUCUACCCGAAUCCCUGAAGAUGCAAACAUCGAAGCGUAUUACGAUGGACCCGGAUCGGUUCUUGAGAUUCUUGUACCGAAACUAAGAGCUGGACCUGAAGAGCAUGAGGUGCAGGUGUGUUUCCGUCCACAUCUCGGAGGAAACGAUCUUAUGUUGACAUAAAAGGAGAGACAUUUGUUACAGUUUUUCUCGUAUUUAGAAGCUUAUAGGAGUCAAUCAUAUCUCAUUGAUAUUGGCCAACUCAUAUAUAGGCGUUUUCUUUCACUGUUUUAAAUGGUAUUUUUCAUCACAGUGCAUUCUUGUGUAUGUUGCGUUGGAAUCAACCCUAGCAGAUUCUCAGUUUGGAGUUUGUACAAAGAAAGAAAAAUUGUUGUGAUCUCAAAUAGCACGUUAUAUGUAUCCGUUCUGAGUGCUGAUUAUGACGUUCAAUCAAAUAUGUAACCAACCAUUUUUUACUAUAAUAAAGAUAUUCUCGUU